AUGGAAGCAUUUUCAAUAGCCAAUUUAAUUGAUGACAAGCGUUCAGAAGAACAUAUUCGAAAAGAUGAUCCCGAAGAAUCGGAGCUGGAGAUAGUGAAUUCUUCAGUAGUAGACACAUUCUCUAGUCAGACACCUCCACCAUCGCCAAGAAGUAAACAUUAUGAACAGGUACGAUUGAACAGUCCAUUUGGGAUCAAUAAUGACAAUGUUAACAACAACGAGGAGCAUACUGAUGCUAGUGAGGCACCAUAUUCAGAAUGCAAAUUAUCCAGUUCGAUAUCAUUUGAUAACCAAUCAAUGGAUGAUGAAAACGCGUUAAUUUGGAAUAUAUUAGAAGCAAAUCAUGAAGUUCUUUUGCAAAAUAAUAAUAAUAAUAAUGCGAAAAAGGAGUUCACACUGGAAUCUAUACUACCCUAUUUAAUCACAAAAUCAUUUCCCAAUAUUUUAUGGACACAUUCAAAUGUAUUUCCUUAUCUUAGGCAUGAUUAUUUAUUUGAACAAAAAACUAAAUCAGCACAAAAUAACAACAAUUGUACACUGAACAAUUCUAUUAGACCCUUGAAUAUUGAUAAUGCACAUUUAAAGGAUAAUGAUAAAGAAAUUGAUGAUGAAGAUGAUAAAAAUGAAUUACAAUUUAAAAAAGAUUUUAUGAAUGAAAAUUAUUCAGUUCGAUUAAUUAAUAAAUUAAAAGAAUAUGGUUUAUAUUCUUCAUUAUGUAAAAAUAAACAAAUAUCAUUGUUUUCAAAGUGUCCAUCUUCUACACCCACCCCAAGAGUGAUACCACUUGUUGAUAAUGAUAAGAAUACUACUCAUUCUACAGUUAUGAAUACUACUAUCAAUCUUAAUAGUAGUAUCAUGAGUCAAUUAAAUAAUUCAUGUUAUUUUAAUACAAAUCCUUUUCUGGCAACCACAACCACAACAUCAUUAUCAUCAGGAGGAAUGAAUGAAUUAACAUCUGGAAUAUAUUCAGGUCAAUCUAAACUAUCAACGGUGGAUAGUUUAACAGUUGGUCGACGUAAACGUACACGAGCUGCAUUUUCACAUGCACAAGUUUAUGAACUUGAAAGACGCUUCAAUUAUCAACGUUAUUUAUCAGCAGCAGAAAGAGCUGAAUUAGCUAAAUCAUUAAGGUUGUCUGAAACACAGGUAAAAAUAUGGUUUCAAAAUCGACGAUAUAAAACGAAAAAGCGACUAACCAGUCAAAUAUUGAACCCACUGAAUUGUGUGGCGGACGAUUCAACAAUCCAAACUCAUCAUCAAAAUCAGAAUCAAUCUCAUCAUGAAUCACAUAUAAAUCAUCAGAGUUCUACUUAUCAUAUACCUCAACAACAUUCAACGCCUUUUGUACAGUAUCCAAAAUAUUCUGUACUUGAAUUUCCCUCUCAUUUACCACAAGAGCAACACCAAGUACAGAAUCCUAAUAUUAAUAAUAAAAUUAAAAAUAUAUUUCAUCUAAUUGAAAUGCCACAUCUAUUAUCCAAUAGAUCUCAAUUGGAAUCAAUAGGAAAUCAGUGUUCAAAAAUAUCAGAUGCAAGCCAAGACCGCCAAAAACACCAACAGCAUUACAACAAGUUCAAUUAUCAAUUGAACGAAUUAAACAAAAGUUUAAAUCACUUCAAAUCAUCAUCUACAAACAAUUAUUCAAAGUUCAAUGAUAAAUUCAAAUGUUUCAAUGUAAGACAACACUCACCAUUAACGGUACCACAACCACCAAUUUCAUUACCACUAACAAAUAUCGAGGUGAAUAAAACAACACUGUCCACUGAUAUUCAGCAUACGCAUGAUGAUGAUAGUUACACAAACAUCUCUAAUUGGAUGAGAACAGCAGAACACCGUCUAAACUAUCAACAUUGUAAUCGACCAUCAUUGGUGGAAUGA